AGCAAAAUAACUAAAGAGGGCUGGCUUUGGAAAAGAGGCGAACACAUAAAAAAUUGGAGAAAGAGAUAUUUCAUCUUAAGAGAUAAUGGCACAUUUUAUGGAUUCAGAUGCAAACCAGAGCAUGACCAACAGGAUCCACUAAAUAAUUUCACCGUCAAAGGUUGUCAGCUGAUGAAGUUUGAAAGGCCAAGACCUAACACGUUUGUGGUGAGGGGACUGCAGAUGACGACUGUUGUUGAGAGAAUGUUCUCACUUGAUACACAAGAGGAAAGAGAUGAGUGGUUGCAAGCGAUAACAAGAGUGGCUGAGAAUUUGAAGGAUGGAGAUGAUGACGUCGUCGUUGAAGAGGAGGCUGCCAGGAACUACAAAAAGAAACCAAAAUUGGAAGAUUUUGAGUUACUAAAGGUUUUGGGCAAAGGGACAUUUGGCAAAGUCAUCAUGUGCCGUGAAAAAGAUACAGGUAAGCUCUACGCCAUGAAGAUACUGAAGAAAUCUGUUAUCAUUGCAAAAGACGAGGUUAUGCACACUUUGACCGAAAAUAAAGUUCUCCAAAGAAGCAAGCAUCCAUUCUUAACUCAAUUAGCAUAUUCGUUUCAAACUGUUGAUCGUUUGUGUUUUGUCAUGGAAUAUGUCAAUGGCGGAGAACUCUUUUAUCACCUUUCAAAAGUACGAGUGUUUCCGGAGGCACGAACUAAAUUCUAUGCAGCAGAAAUCUGUUCAGCCCUUGGCUAUCUGCACGAGAACAACGUCAUAUAUCGAGAUUUGAAACUUGAAAACUUGCUGCUAGACAGAGAUGGCCACAUCAAGAUAGCAGAUUUUGGUUUAUGCAAGGAGAACAUGGCCUUUGGUACGAGCACGAAGACAUUCUGUGGCACACCAGAGUACCUGGCGCCUGAAGUCUUAGAGGACAACGAUUACGACAGAGCAGUUGAUUGGUGGGGCACGGGUGUGGUCAUGUACGAGAUGAUGUGUGGCAGGCUUCCAUUCUACAACAGGGAACCGGAAGUUCUAUUUGAACUCAUCCUCAGAGAGGACCUCAAGUUUCCGAAGAAUCUCUCUGAAGAAGGAAGAUCCGUUUUGAAAGGCUUGCUAACCAAAGAUCCCAAAACAAGAUUAGGAGGAAGUGAAGAAGACGUGAAGGAAAUUCAAAGGCAUCCAUUCUUUGCUUGCAUUGAUUGGGUGGAUUUAGUGAAUAAAAAGAUUGAACCGCCGUGGAAACCAACACUCGAAUCCGACACAGACCUUCGAUAUUUCUCUCAAGAAUUCGUCAACGAACCAGUUUCCCUGACCCCA